AUGAGAAGCAAGCUGAUGAAGAAGCUCGAACUCUCAAAACUCAAGAAAGUAGAAGUUGACCGCAAGAUUAAGGAAAUCUUGGCCAAACGGGAUGAUACAGUAGAAAAGGCGAUUAACACAAUAUUCGAUAUCAAUGCUGGUAACAACGUCGGCCAACUACUUUACCAAAGUGACAUCCUUCUGACAAAGAAACAAGCAGAAGAAGUCAUCGAAAGUAUCGAAGGAAAGAACGGUCAAAUGAAGAGACAAGCAUUCAAGGAUGACUUCUACCCUGAUAACAAUUGGGUGGACGGAGUCUUUUAUAGAUUCGACGAAAGCAUAGGUCUGCUUGAUGUUACAAAUACCAAGAAGAACACCUUUGAGUUACUUCAUUAG